AUGUUAUUUUUAAAUGAUAUUUUACAAUUUUUUUCAACAUUAUCAAUGUCCGAGGAAGAUAAUGAGGUUGGUUUACCGCAAAAGGGUUUGAAUUUGAUAAUAAAGGAUGUAAUACCAGAAAUACGAAUUGCUAAUGAAUCUCGAGAAUUAUUGAACUUAUGUUGCGUCGAAUUCGUGCAUUAUGUUUCACGUGAAGCCCAACGUAUAUCUUUAUUAGAUCAACGUAAAACAAUUUGUCAUGAACAUAUUCAAAAAGCACUUAUGAAUUUGGGUUUUCCAAAUGAUUAUAUUGAUGCAGCAAAUAGCGUACUUAAUGAAUGUAGAAUUGCUGCAGAAAAUAAAUUGAGAAGGAAAAAUUCUCGUCUCGACAAGUGUGGAAUACCGGAGGACCAACUAUAUUUAUUACAACAACAGUUAAUACAAAAGGUUCAACAUGCCCUAAGACAGCGAAGACAACGUUUUGUUAAUGCAAGUGGUAUUUGA